CGAGAGAACCAUGUGAGCGACUUGGACCAUUCCAUAAAUGGCAGUCUCGUGGUAAUUUCUUGGGGAAUCCCUUCUCUUGUCAUGAGCUCCAGUAGUAAGCGAGCUCGAUUACGGUAUGCGGAAUCGACAAGAGACGCCACGCAUGUCCCAGACACAUACCAUCUGCGACGAAAGGAAGUCCAGAAAGUAACAGACAGAAUUGAGAAUGACCCCACGGAGGAAUUCGACGAUGUACCGGACGAAGCACCGGGGAAUGCCGCCAUGGAAGAGGCAUUCGAUACCUACAAUGCCCUUCGGUACUUUAUUUACAAUGCUUCACUCGCCUCCUCCAAAACCAGUGUUCCUCGAAUAUGCUUUUUACACCAGCUGUACAGCAUCUUGCCCGACAAUACUGCGGUUGAUCGAGAAUUGAACAUCUUGGUACAAAGCAUGGUGGUUCGCAAGUUCCGCGUUGGAGGCACCCUGGAGGAUGAGCUUGUGAUUAUGUUCAUGGAAGAUUAUUUAUUGCAAAUUGAUGCCGCAAAGGCUGAAUUCGAAAAAGAUGUGUCCUCCGGUGACGCUGGAGCCAAAACAAAAUCCAUUGGCCCUCAAGUAUUUGAUACGUUCCGUGAUGCAGUCACUAACCCAAAGUUCACGGAUGUGGUGAUCUCGCGAAAAGCUUUAACCAAGACGGUAGGCUUUACUGAAACGGAAAUCAGUCAGUUGGUCAUGUAUGGGUUGCUGGUUAUCCACUCUCAGGACGCCUACUUGUUCGCCAUACGUGGAGCGGGCACGUUCAUGACUCCGUUCAUCAAGGGUCGAGUAGAGAUUCUUCGGACAUUGAAACGUCGUCAAACAAGGGAUAUUCUUGAAAAGCAAUGGCGAACCAAAAAACUAAGAAACUCUAUAUUCACCCACGACUUUCAUUUGCACGAUUUGCUCGGCAGUGGUCGUGUAGAAAGACAAAAGACAACAAUGGGAGAUCUAAUUAAACUUACAAAAAAGGGGGAGGCGUGUAUAUAACGAGCACUCUAAUGUGUGUAAAAAGAUUCGAGGGUAUGAGGGAGAGGGCAAAAUGUACAAUAAACACAAGAAACACUACAAUGGGGUGACUUAUGAAUGGGCUGAAGGAUGGAAGAAAGGAUGAUCGAGAGCUUCUUCAGCGGAGAUGCGUCGGCUGCAAUCCAGCACCAGACACUUUUCAAGCAAAUCCACGGCGUCGCGGACGUUUUGCUCUCCCCACGCUUCUGCUUUUUGCUUGUUCAACGCCAUGCACAGUUUUAUAAACGAGAGUCGAGUUUUGGGAAUGGUUGUGACAUUAGUAUGAAAUGUUCGAU